AUGGUGAGGGUCGAUUACGUUAGAAAAUGUUCAAACUGUAAACAAAACGGCCACAACACAAGAACUUGCAACAAGAAUGUGGAGCAGCAUAACAUUGAUGAUGAAAACAAGUUUAGGCUUUUUGGGGUUGAUAUCUCACUAUCAGACUCAGACAAGGGCACAGGAGAAUCAAUGGAGAAGAGUCUAAGCCUCAAUAAUCUUGCGGAAGCUGAAUCUUCUGGCGCCGACGGAUCGAACGACGUCGUUACUGUUCCCCCUCACGACCACGACGCCUGCUUCCUUUCUGGUGAUCUUCUCCAUAGUACGAGACGCAAAGACGCUCACGAGAGAAUAAGAGGUACAGGGAAACAAUGGAGCGAGGAGGAACAUCGAACUUUUCUAAUGGGGUUGAGAGAGCUUGGAAGAGGUGAUUGGAGAGGGAUAUCGAAAGAUUUUGUGAAGAGCAGAAGUCCUUCUCAGGUUGCCAGCCAUGCCCAGAAGUAUUACACGAGGCAAGUUCUUUCGGAAGAAAGGAAAAAUCGCAGAAGAAGCGUUUUUGACAUUUCUUUAAGAACUUCUUCUCCGGCUAGAACCUCUUUGUUUGAAAAGAAACCUUUGGAUAAAGUGACAUCUGAGUUUCAAAACCGAUUCCCAAGUCAAUGCUUGGACAACUAUGGUACAUUUUCUUCACAUUACCGUUUAUUAGUCCCGCCUAGGCCAUUGACAAACUGUGGUACUGCACCAAGUGAAUUGUACAUGUACAUGGCUAAUAAUAAUGUAGCCAAGGAUAAGAGUUCGUUUGCCUCUAAUACUGGUAAUACUCAUUCCUUUGGAGCUCUUCCACCAAAGUCUCUUCCAAAGAGUUCACCAAAGGAACCAUGUGUAGUUGCCUCAUCAUCAUCAUCAUCAUCAUCAUCAUCAUCAGUUGAUCUAAAAGAUGGUCAACCUCAACAUAGCAACAACUUCAAGGAUUCGAAUUAUCUUCCUCUCCAUGUGAGGCUAUUAUUAGAAUGA